ACACAGUGUGGGGCAUACAGGUCCGCCUGGCAGCGAUGGGAAGGGGCCUGCUCUCCUAACAUGGCGGCUGGGUGAUGACGGAAGUGGCUGUGACAUUCUGUCUCUCUGGUUGUCAUAGCGCCGCCGCUGGGGAGUGCGGCCUGUGCGGGCACAGAGAGCCUGGAAUUUAAAUUCUCAUAGUGAGCACCUUAGGGAAUUGGUGACCAGUGAUGGAGAAGCAUCAUUUGGACCCUGUCACUCAAGUUGGAUCAUUAUUUCAAGAGGCAGAAUUAAAAGAGAGGUGCAGAAGUACACGAAUGGUCCAAGAAUCUGAUUCCGGAUACUCAGAUGUUGCUUCGGAGUGCCAGAGCUCUGUGGAGCAGACCGAUUGUGAGGACAGAGCGCACUCUGGGAGAUGGAAUGUGGUGAUUUCCUCAGGCCAGCCUGACUCUCACCCUCCACCUGUUGCUUUGACGAAUGUGCUUGUGGAUCAGGAGUCCAGCCCUGAUUCAAACAUCCACUCUUGGACUAUCCACCCUUCCUUUCAGCUGCUCCCAUCUGCUCCACAAAUUCUGCUCUUUCCUUCAGCAGUGUCCACUUCUAAGACUGAGACCACCUGCAAGAAGGGUGCAAAGUACCUGCCAAUUUUGAACUCUUAUACCAAGAUAGCACCAUACCCAUGUGACCUCAAAACAGACUCGUCUUUACCACUUCGAAGCAAGAAGGGGUCUCACAGAUUGCAUCAUGGCCAAGUGAAAAGGCCACAUUCUAGGAUAAAUGUCCCAAAUCGCAAAGAAAUUCCAGUUCUCUUAAGCUCUGAAACAAAAGAGAGCGAAUGUAAUUUACAGAGAUUUGUAAUUGUUUCUUCAGACCAAAUUGAGGAGGAGGAACAGACGUGCACAGUACCAACAACAGACUCUGGUACACAGGGCGAUUCUGGUGGGAAGUUAUCCUCCCAAGAGGUACCACAGAACAGACCGCAUAUUGAGUCUACUAUCCCGGAAAAAAAAACCAACAAAAGCCAAAGAUUCGAAAACACCUGGGAAAUCUUAAAUCGCUCUGGCCUGCUUGGUAUUGCCAUGAAGACUAAGGAACUGGUCCGUCUAAAUCAGAUCACUGAGAACCAGCUAAAAAGGUUGAAGGAGCAGGUUCAGCUAUAUACUAAAGCUAUGAAUGGCAACGAUUCACAGGACUGGCAAAAGCUAGAAGACUCCAUGGCUAGUGAUGAGUGAAGAUAAACCUGUAACUGAAACUCUCUUGGUUUUUGAAGAGAAACCCUUGUUGUCAUACACUGUUUGUUUGAAAGCACUAAGCUGACUCUGGAUGACCAGUGGAACAAACCCUCAGAAUCCUUCAAGUGAGCAAGGAUGUCUUGUAGACAGAGGUGAUUUACAGAAUGUGAAGUGCUUGCUGCAGAUGUGGAAGGCUGCCUUUGGGGACAAUGUAAAGGGAUUCUGGAUGAAAAAAAGACUGGACAGUGAGAAUGUCUACUGUAUUAAAAAUACAGAUAGAAAACCGGUCUCAUACAGAGAUGAUGAGAGUGGUGUCUGUCUACAAUAGGUGUAGGGAGUCUGGAAACCCGUGUUUUCCUACUUGUAGAACACAGUAGGUUGAGUGGAACUUGAAUGGUCCCAAAACACAUAGGGAAUGUAGUCCUAUCAAAACUAACCUACCAUGCCCAUAUCGCUGUUGGUACAAUUCCAUUCCUAUAACCAAUGGACCAGUAGAUGUGGUACUGACCUAACUGAAAUGACUUACAAAUAUCAUUUAAUUGUUUACCAAAGAAGUCCGGUCAGGGGUAUGGGAAA